GAGCGGGGCGCACGAAGCAGCUACCCAGGCGGACGCACGUUUCUUCUGCGCCCGCCCAUCGAGGCGCAGCCCAAAGGCUACCUUUGCCUGCGACCACCCGCCUUUUCGACUCCGCUUCAUCCAACAUCGUCCGCAAGGCUGACCACCCCGUCCACUCACCGGAAACAUGUCUCGCGUGUCUCGCGUGGUAUAUAGAGAGAGCGACUCGCGCGAGUAUGAGGAGAAGCCUCGCAAGACUUACACCACCGUGCGACGCUACCAAGUUCCCGACACUCAGUCGUCCAGCAGCAGUGAAGAGGAGGAAACGAAGACGAAAGAGAAGAUCACCAUCCGACGCGAGCGCUCCUCACAGCCCCGCGAGCGCGAGAGAGACAGCGAGGACAUCAACAUCCGCAUUUCCGAACGAGAGCGUGACGGCCCACGAGGAGAGGACUUGCGCUUUAGUGAGCGCAUCAACAUCUCCGAGCGCGAUCGCAACCGAGGCCGUGGUAGCAACUACCGCGUCGUGGAGAAGGAGAGCGACUUUGAGGAAAGUCGAUCUCGCGCCAACUAUCGCUCCAGCGAUUAUCGCAGCUCCACGAACGACGGCCCGUCGCAGAAACGAACAACGGAAUACCGCGUCGAACGGGAUCGUUCAUUCUCGCCUCCCAGUCGACACGGCCAUCGCAGAGACGAUUCCUACGAGGUGGAACGAUACGUCAAGGAGACUGAUUACUACGCCCCCGAAAGACCGGCCGCGCCACCCAUCAUCAUUCGCGAGAGGAGCAGAGACCCUCCGCCUCCCAUCAUCAUCCGCGAGUCGGCCCCGCAGCCAAUCAUCAUCCGGGAAGAACGUCGAGAGCCUCGUUAUGAAUUUGUCGAACGCGAACGAGACGAAAGCAAGUCGGUGGUGAAGAGUGAGAAGAGCGAGUCCCCAAAGCAGCCUCCUGCGUCGGUGGCAGCGUCCCGUCGCUCGACGCACGCUCCACCUCCGCAACAAGAGCAACAGGAAGGUGAUUAUUUCUACGAACGUCGUAUCAUUGAACGCGAUCGUCCACCACACAGAAGACAGGAUCACCACAGUCACGAAAUCCAUCCAAAAGACAGCGCGUCGAAUUACAGCAGUGACGACAGUUACGAGCACGUCCGCAAGUCCACCACAUACAUUGAAGACCGCGACCACAGCCCACACCAUAAACGCCAUCUGGCCGAAGGCGCGCUCGUUGGCGCUGCUGCGGGCGAGAUUUACCGGCACCAUCGAAUGUCGCAAGGAAGGCCUGGCAGCGGGCGCAUCGUGUCUGGUCUGGGCGGUGCUGCUGUUGGCGCUUUGGGCGCUGAAGCCAUCACCCGCUGGAGGAGCAGGAGUCGGCGCCGUCGCUCGGAAAGCAGAUCCAGUGGAGGCUCUGAUCGAUCACGGCACACCCGCCGCGAUCAUCGUGGCAGGCGCGACAGCUACUCUCGUUCGCGCUCUCGUUCCAGGUCUCGGUCGAAAUCGCUGUCGGGCAGACGACUGGCUGGAUAUGCCGGAGUGGCGGCGCUGGGAGCGCUCGGGGCGUAUGCGUUGACCAGGAACAAAAACAAAGACACAAUCAUUGUCAACGACGGCGGGAGGCCUGGACGUCGCCGUUCUGCGCGCCGAUCUCUGAGUGAAGAUGGCUUCGUCAGAGAUGUGCGGGAAGACGAUAAGCAUCGGGAUCCUCAACAUCGCAAUCGUCGAAUCGCACAAGCUGGUCUGGCAACCGCGGCAGCUGCUGCUGUAGUCGAGCGAGUGCGAUCGAAGAGUCGCGGUGGUCGCCACAAAGACCAGUCCCGGUUCCACCAGGGCGUCCCGAUCGUGGCCGCUGGACUCGGUGGCGCGGCGCUGGCGGGCUUGUACGAGAAGAACAAGGCGAACAAGGAGGCCAAACGAGACGCCAUCAUCCAAGAUGAAAUGAACAGAGGCAGGCGCGGAAGCAGGUCGAGAAGCAGAUCCCUCGGUCCUAAUGCGAGAUUUGACGACCAAGGCUACGGAUAUGGAAAUGAUCCUGUCUAUCGCGACGCCCCUCGCGAUGUCUACAGCGACGAAGACCAGCCUGGACAGUAUAGAAGACGGGGAGGCAGCGCCGGCAGCAGUCCAGACAAUCGCUAUCGCAGACGAAGUCGGUCCAGGAACGAUAGGGGUAUGGCAGAAGCCGGGGCAGCAGCUGGUGCAGCCGGAGUUGCAGCCCACGAUAUGGGGGGCCAGCAGCAGCCCGGUGCUCAACAUCGAGAGUACCAAGAAUACGGCGACCCCUUCCACGGGCAUGGGUAUACGCCCAACGCUUAUAACGAUCCGCCGUCGGGAUACAUACCGGACGGCCAGGCAACAUACCCGCCACAACCGCAAACCUACCCAGCAGCACCCUACUUUCCCCCGCCGCCCAAUGGCGACAAUGCCUACUCCUACUCCCCUCGAGCAGGGAAUGCAUAUCCUGCGUACAACCCAGCGGAGUGGGCGCAAGGCGCCGCGCCGCCUCAAGCUCCACCAAAUGCAGCCGGUGGUGCGGCACGCGACCUCAACACCCCCAACAACGCUCCCGGCCCGCAUGAUCCGUAUGGCGGUAUGCCAGGGGAUCAACAGCCACCGCCCCCAGGCGAUGAUGGAGGGAGACGAGGCCGAGGAGGAGCAGACACCCAUGAUAUGCGCUAGACAACGCCCAACGCGCCCGCUCCACCAGCCGCGUGCGCUUCAACCUCGACGCAAACGAAGCGCACUCGCCCGAAAAGCAACGCAAAAAAGAAGAACGCUACA